UAUAAAUCGUUAAUAUCAUUCCAAAACUGGAAUGAUAAUUAAAUGGAGUAAAAUUUGGACUAAAAUUUCGGUUAGGUUGUUACUUUCUAAAAAUCCUCAGUACUUAACUAUUCAAUGAUCUAAUGUCACUCGAAAAAUGAGAAAAUAUUUACUUCUUUCAUUGUGUCAUAACUUUAAACAAGACGUGCACUGUAUUUAUCUGUGUCGUAAUUGAUACUACUUUUAAAGAGAAUAAUGUAACUAUGAAAUAUGUGAAAUGUCGUAAUAAUGUAACUAUAUUCGUCGAAUCAUUCUAAAUGAAAUCAUCUACAGGUUAAUAUAACUAUGCAACGUGUUGAUUAUGAAAAGCAAUACCAGCAGGAGAGAACAACAAAAGAAAUGUUUCUAACACUCAAUGGCUUUGAGCGAGAAGAGGGAAGAUGAGAAAUAAUAAUUAUCAAUAAAGUGAUGUUCUAUGUAGCAAUCGAUGUUAAAAGACAUAAAUAUACAAGUGAUCAUCAUGACAGUGAUAUGAGACAAACUAAAUAACACAUGUAAAUAAAUAUUCAAAUAAUAAUUCGUCAAAAGACAAGACAGAUAAUCGUAGACAAGAACUUUAAUCGGGUCUAGGUUGGCAACAAGGUUCCGCAAGUUCGAGAACUUGUAUUGCGUCACAAGUAUUUCCAAGUGGGAAGGCAUGUGGGAGAUGAAAUUAAGUUAUUUAACGAUCAUUUUAAGUGCUCUACGAAGAGGAUGGAACACAAGCAUACCAAUUGACAGGAUGUAAGAGAUUCAGAGUAUCAAGGCCUCUCGAAGAUCAAAUUCAGAAUAUUUCUUGUGACAAAGUGCCCUAUAUAUAAAAUGCAAUUCCCACGAAGUUUUCUUCUGAUCCUCGGAAUGUUGAUAAUUUCGUACGCGAACGGAUGGACACCGUCAAAUAAGGGAUUCUACUCCGAGAAUCCACGGAGCAAUUCAUCCCUGCCAAAGUUGACAAUCGGCCUGAUAGUGCCUCACACAAAUUUUUUGGCACGAGAGUACAGCAAAGCCAUUAGCAAAGCUGUAACCGGUCUUCACCGAGGAAGAGGUUCACCGAAAUUCUCUUUUUUGGAAAAAUACCAGUUCAAUCAGUCACACAUAAAAAAUGUAAUGAUGGAAUUGACUCCAAGUCCGACAGCUAUACUGAACUCCCUAUGCACGAAGUUUCUCUCGGUCAACGUUUCGGCAAUCUUAUACCUCAUGAACUAUGAGCAGUACGGCCGCAGCACAGCAAGUACGCAGUAUUUCCUCCAGCUCGCCGGGUACCUUGGAAUCCCUGUGAUAGCGUGGAAUGCUGACAAUUCUGGUCUCGAGAGGAGAGCCUCGCAAAGCAGCCUGCAGCUGCAACUGGCGCCAUCGCUUGAACAUCAAACAGCGGCUAUGCUGAGCAUCCUCGAAAGAUACAAAUGGCAUCAAUUCAGCGUGGUUACGUCACAGAUCGCAGGCCACGAUGACUUCAUUCAGGCGGUCCGUGAACGAAUUUCCGACAUGCAAGAUACUUUCAAGUUUACAAUACUGAACGCGGUAUUAGUGACUAAACCGCAUGAUUUACUCGAGUUGGUGAAUAGUGAAUCCCGGGUAAUGCUACUCUACUCAACGAGGGAAGAAGCCACUCACAUUCUGACGGCUGCCCGAGAUCUCAAGAUUACUGGCGAAAAUUACGUGUGGGUUGUUACUCAAAGUGUCAUCGAGAAUCUACAAACACCAAAUCAAUUUCCAGUUGGGAUGCUCGGUGUCCACUUCGAUACGAGCAGUACAAGUCUUGUGAAUGAAAUCACAACUGCUAUAAAAGUUUACGCAUAUGGAGUGGAAGACUUUGUUAACGAUCCAAGUAACCGGAACCUGAGCUUAAAUACGCAACUGAGCUGCGAAGGAAUUGGGGAGUCACGUUGGCAUACAGGGGACACCUUUUUUAGAUAUUUGAAGAAUGUCUCCGUGGAAGGGGAUCAGGGCAAACCUAAUGUCGAGUUCACACAAGAUGGAGUUCUGAAAGCUGCUGAGUUGAAAAUAAUGAAUCUACGUCCUGGAGUAAGCAAGCAACUGGUCUGGGAAGAGAUUGGUGUAUGGAAGUCCUGGGAGAAGGAAGGUCUGGAUAUUAAGGAUAUCGUCUGGCCAGGAAAUUCUCAUACUCCCCCUCAGGGUGUUCCAGAGAAGUUUCACCUGAAAAUUACGUUCUUGGAGGAACCACCCUAUAUAAACCUAGCCCCACCAGAUCCUGUUACAGGAAAGUGCUCCAUGGAUCGUGGUGUCCUUUGUCGAGUUGCCAAGGAAUCAGACAUGGUGGAAGUGGAUGUACCAUCAGCUCACAGGAACGAGAGCUUCUAUCAGUGUUGCAGUGGAUUUUGUAUAGAUUUAUUGGAGAAAUUUGCUGAAGAAUUAGGAUUUACGUAUGAAUUGGUUCGCGUGGAAGAUGGUAAAUGGGGUACACUCGAGAAUGGCAAAUGGAACGGUCUUAUAGCUGACUUAGUGAAUCGCAAGACUGACAUGGUAAUGACUUCCUUAAUGAUUAAUUCCGAAAGGGAAGCUGUUGUUGAUUUUACGGUACCGUACAUGGAGACUGGUAUUGCUAUUGUAGUAGCGAAGAGGACUGGUAUCAUCUCUCCAACUGCCUUUUUGGAACCCUUCGAUACGGCUUCGUGGAUGCUUGUUGGGGCUCUGGCUAUUCAAGCUGCGACUUUCACCAUCUUCCUCUUCGAGUGGCUAUCGCCUUCUGGUUUCGACAUGAAGGUAAACCCUUCAGGCGCUCUGCGAAAACUGACAAAGCCCCGGCCGGUGUCAGACUAGGCAUCUUAAAUAAUGCAAACCCAGCUAGUAAUCAGCGUGCCACGCCAGUAUGUCAAACUACUAAACUACGUCACGAUGCACUCUCUCUCUACUAUGGAAGACUAUCGGGGUCCGAACUGGGCGUUUACCAGUAUCCCAAGAUGUAAACCUAAAUUCAGUUCAGUUAGUUUCAUGUUACUGUGACAGUUUCUUAAUAGAACCUCAUCAUUAUCCAAGAUGGAAUUACUGAUUGUGUUUAUUUUCUGUGAAUUUAAUGAACCGUAAAAGACUUCGAUCUCGUUAAACGUGUGUGCCAAACUGGUAAAUGCCACCGCUUGGGCAUAAUGAAUGAGCUUGUGCUUAGAAAACGGUCGACCCAGUGGUAAGUCGACAAUCAGGCAUACAUGUUUUA